AUGCCGUUUGUAACAGCUCUUGAACAUGCUGAGGUUCGCCUCCAUAACGUCUACAAAUAUCAAUCAUCAGUUUUUUCGCCGAAGUUUUUACAAAAACGACAAGAGUGGCCUACAAAUGUUAUAUCAUUACGUUUUAUCGCUUAUGACCAAUUCAUGGAUACAACAAGUUUCUGUGAGUUUGUGAAGCGUUUUUCUUUAUCACUCGAACAUCUAUCAUUCUACAUGAGGACGCAUCGACGUUUUCUUAUGUCGACACCAUGCACAUUCGAGCAACAUUUACUCAACUACUUAUCACGUUUAAAACACAUCGAGUUUUGUGUCUACAAUGGAGUGGGGAACACUAAAAGUGAUCGUCGCACAGCAUUUGAUUCUUGGACAAAAAUGCAAGUCGUUUCAGUAUAUCAUUGGCGUAAGUUUAACAUACGAUUCACACUUCCAUCAAUUGUCAUGAUUAUCUUUCAUUCUGGCUCUGCCUUAAGUCUCGCACUAUUCACACUUCUAAACGAUGAUUUAAUACAAGACACAAAAUUAACAUUGCCAAAUGUUACCGAACUUUGUCUUAAAAACGUUACAUUUCGUAUUGAUUAUCUUGUGUUACGUCGUAUUUUCUCUUUGGCACCUUGUAUAAAACAUUUGAUUGCUAACCAACACAAUAUCCAAAUAACAAUAGUCGGUUACCAUUCAUAA